AUGUUCACCUAUAACCAAGUACUUUUCAGAGUACUAUUCUCGUCACUUCGGGAUAUAGAGGAUCUUCAUGCAAAAGCAAAAGAGACAGGUGAUCUCCACUAUGUCAUUGACAACACGUUCGCCUCGUUAUCAACCGAGAAUUGCUCGAAUGGAGUGGCCGUCUGCGUUCACAACGCUUUGGAUGCGGCUUAUUCAAGGCACCAGGCUGACUCCUUCACUCCCUAUUGGCAGUUCUCCAAUGCAGACAGCAGCCGAUUAGCGUCUCGAUUUGAUGCUGAGACAGCUAAUUUACUCACUUUCAUGCAGUUGACCCUACCUGGAGCGCUUUCACUUUACUACGGGCAAGAAUUAGGUUUGGCGAAUGUGGGUAAUCCGCCAAGUCCUCGUGGUGUGAUGCAGUGGACACCAUCCGGUAAAGAUCAUCACGGAUUCCUCUCGUCAAGCGAGUCAAACAUCGGAAAACUGUUCUUCGCUGAGAGCGACAGUACCGACGAGCAGGACAACUUCGAGACCCAGUAUGCUCAAGAAAACUCUCCGCUCAAAGUUUAUCAGAAGUUGGCAAAGUAUCGUCAACGUGAUGAAGCGCUGAUUGUUGGCAGCACAGUACGACAUGCACUGGAAGGCGAUGUGGUCAUCUACUCGCGAUACGUGAAAGGAGAAAAUGGUACUUCAGUUGGAUCUGUGAGUUCGUUGCAAUAG